UUUUACUAUUUCAGUUAUUAAUUAAAAUAAUGCAAAGCAAUCAAACACAAAAUCAACUCUCAUCUGACCAUUUCCCAAUUGUCUUCCAAAAUCAUGAACAAUUGGUUAAAUAUCGAGAGGAUUUAGUUCAAAUGUCCAAAGAUGUGAAAAUCGCUGCGACACAAUUUCAUUCACAGUCAAUUCAACGUUACGAUCAUGAAAAGGCAAUCGAAAAAUAUAAACUGAAUCUUGAACGGGCGGAAGAGAAAAUGAAAGAGCUUGCUGCUGCAAAGAAUAACUAUGAGGCUCUUAUUGCGGAAAUGAAUGAUGAGAAGCACGUUGAAAUAAAUUAGAAUACUGAAAUUUGAAAUUGAUUAGGAAGUUUUAAAUUUUGUUUUUGUUAAAUAAAUAUAAUAAAUGGUCUAAUUUUAGGUUAAAUUGUUUUGUUUUUGAAUGUUUAUUUUCAUUGAGAUGUUUGCUCUAAUAUGAAUAUUUAGAUCUUGGCUUCGAUUCAUUGACCGGUAAAAAUGGUUAGUUAUUCUUUUCACGGAUGCAGCG